UCGAUAGAAACUCAUGAAAUGCGAAACGCACACAGAAUAUCAAAGGAUAUAUAGAUAUUUAUGCAUAUACUUACGAAUUUGUUCGUUGUACUUUUGUUAGGAAAAUAGUGCACAGGUAAGUGCUGAAGAAAUGUCAUCGCAUCGAUUUUUAUUCGUACGAGACCAUGAGGAUUUCUUUAAUUGGUCAGCAUGUAUUGUAGCUUUGAAUCUGACGAAAGAAGCCUUGUGUGAAUACAUGCAAGAAAUUGCUGAAGGAUAUGCUCAAAGUUUACCAGACAUAAAACAUGUCGCGAUUUUCAUAGAACACAACAGGAGCCACUUCCGGAAAAAUAACGGAAAAUCGUACAUAAUGGAAAAAUUGAAAUGUUGCUGCAUGCCAUGCACGAGUUUAUACAAACGGAUUCAGGACGACAUGUUGGGAUCCCCAGAGAGCUCAAUACUAUUGGAAACACCUGAAAACGUAGGCAAAAGCAAGCUGUGGUGGAUUUUAUUAAAGAUGAAUUUAUCCCAUGCAGGGAAGAAUACACAACGAAUUCAAGAUUGUGAUUUGAAACUAUUGUGCAGAAUAGUUCAACGCUGUCGACUUUUUGCCCCUGUAAAAAAUAUUGAAAAGGUAAUUGCCAACAGGAACUCGUUGAUGCACAACAGUUUCAACGAAAUUUCUACAAAAACAAAACAGACAUACCUGUCUGCCUUGAAGGAGCUUUUAGAAUCACCUGGGUUGAAAGAUGAAUCACCUUGGUUGAAAGAUCGUCCAAAAGUACAGUUGAAAGAUCGUCGUACAAAACUACAAAAGGCCAUAAACGAGAUUACAAAUAUGAUGCUUCACAACAACCGGUUUCAGUCUACCUAUGAGGACUGUGACGAACUUAAGCAGAGCAUCACCGCGCAGAUGGAAGCAAUUGAGACGGAUUUGGAAGAGUUCAACAGAAAAAAUCUGAAUGUGCCAACACUUGAAGAAAUAAUGAGAAUAGUUAAAAGAAAUAAAGUUACAGUUGAACAAAGAAAAGUCCUUGAAGAGAGAAAAGAAGCGACACUUGACGAAGCUGUUAAAAUUGGAAAACAAGACGGAGGACAGGUUUUGCAAGCCGUAGGAUUUGUUGGCGAGUAUGUUGGAGGAAUGGCCGGAGAAGCUGGGGCUUGGGUUGCAGGAAAGUUCAAAAAACAAACGCAGUAAUAUAAAAUAAAUACUAGCUGUAUGUAAACACACAUAUCAUUAAAGGGUUUGGUCAUAAUUUAAAGAGCGCUUUUACUAUUGUAAGCUGUCAUUGUGUGUCGUGCAAUGUUUAUUUUCUACAUGUUAUUAACUGGUUUCGAUGAGGAAGUGGUUUUUGACUGUGAUUGUGUCAAACAUCUAAAACCUUCAUUCUUCAGUAGACAUAUUAUAUUUAGAUAUCUUGCAUCUUGAACAUUUUAAAAAUAGACUUCCAGACAUUUCAUUCUUAUUUGACACAUGCCAGAGACGUAUGGACGUUCAUGUAAUUUUUGGAACAAAUUUUCUUUGUUGUCGCUAACCUUGUCAUCAAUAUUUUGACCAGAAAAAUAUUUGGUGUUGAGUGAUAUUUAUUAACAAGAGAAUGACAUUAAAAUAUGAUAACGUGAACUCAUAUUUCCACACCAAAAUGAACAUCUCAUUGACUAGGAAAGUGAAAUUAAGGUAAUGUUUCGUUGGUUUUAGAGUCACACUGACAGUAUUUAAGUUAAAUGGAGGAAGACAUGCGUGGGCGGUCGCAUUGGUAUAAUGGCCGUCGUUAUGUAAGCCAGCUGGAUAUAUUAUUCACAUGCGAGGUUUUCGAACCGACAUCAGUGAGGGGCAAGCGAUUCAAGUCAGCGACCUUAGAAACUCCGCCGCAAGUCAAAAAAAUUUCAGUUUAAGGGUAUCUUAUGAAUCGUUAUUAUAUUUCGUAAAAGACCUAAUAAAGAUUCAGUUAAUCAUA